AUGGGCCUCUCGGCUGACCACGUGUGGCUGAACAAGUCACUUUUCGACCAGGCAGAGAGUGCCUACCGCCAGAGGCUGGCAGAUGUGGCUGCCCAGGCAGCCUGGCCUCCUGCCUUGGCCCCUUGGGGUCCCUGCACCCAUGGAAGCCAGGUGGCCUGCCCCCAUGUGACGUGGGGGAUCUGGGUCAACAAGUCUGCCUUCGACCAGGCUGAGCAGGCAUUCGUGGAAUGGUCUCAGGCCCUGUUGCUGGCCCCCGAGGGCGGCCACAGGGAAGAGACUCCUGACAUAGGCCAGGAGGUGGCUGUCUCCCACCUGGCCCACCAGCCCAGCCCACCAGUCAAUGGCCAGCCCCCACUGGGCAGCCUACAGGCACUGGUUCGGGAGGUGUGGCUGGAGAAGCCCCGGUAUGAUGCGGCCGAGAGGGGCUUCUACGAGGCCCUGUUUGAUGGCCAUCCCCCUGGGAAGGUGCGCCUGCAAGAGCCAGCCGGCCAGGCCGAGGGUGCCCGGCGGGGCCGCCGAGACCGGCGGGGCCGCAGUGCCUUAGGGAACAAGAGGGCCGUGCCGCGACGGGCCGAUGGGGGGGCCCCCUCUGCCUUGCCCUACUGUUACUUCCUGCAGAAGGACGCAGAGGCCCGGCUCAGCAAGCCCACCUAUGACAGCGCCGAGUGUCGCCACCAUGCCGCCGAGGCCCUGCGCGUGGCCUGGCGUCUUGAAGCUGCCUCCCUGUCUCGCCGACCCAGUCCUCGGUCUGGCCCAUCCAUGUCCAGCCUGAGACCCAAGUAGGAGAAAUGUGCCGGGUGGGCACCCAGCCUGGGCUAUGGGCAGAGGGACAGCCAUCCCAGGCUGGGGCUCCUCCGGCUCCUUCCCAUGCCCACCUGGGGUGGGGGCUCCCCAAGACCUGUGGGCCCAGCUGAGUAGAAUGCAGGAGCAGGCUGAGCCAGGGUUAUGCUGUGCUUGGGGUCACAAAACUCUGGGCCGCUGGGUGGGGGUAGGGAUCGUGUCAGCACAGGACAGACUGGGCCUCACUCAGGGUCCCUCCCCUCUUUGGCUGGGAAACCCCCCAGUCCUCUGUGGCUGACGCAAUGCCAGGACUGAGAAGAUGGGAUGACCCAUGUGGGAGGGAAGCAUUGAAGCUGGUUUCUGGCUCCAGCACUCCCCUGGGAUGAGAUGUAGGAGCCAGUGUGUCCCUGCUUGCCCGUCCUGUGCACCCCCAGCUUCCCUUGUCAUCUGUAACUGCCUCCGAGGGAAGGUGGCAGCGUUUCAGCUACACGGGUGCAU